UCACCACAGCGCUGUAGCCCCACCGCCUACAGCGGUUCGUGUCCCCUACGGCAGCCUGGCGCUGCGUCUAAAGAGCUCUGCCCAGGCUGCUGCUCGCACUAUCAUCCGACUCCCGACCACCACGACGCUUGCCAACAAACCUCUCUCCCACCAUCCUCGAGUUCUACCGUCGUCGGGUCAUGCGCAAUUGAAGAUUUCUUCGGCACACCAAACUCACACGCUCACCAGCGUCGCAUUGUUGCUCACUUAAUCUCUUCCCCCGUCUGACGAGAGGCGACAAGCCAGGCGGUCAUCAUGUCAGUCGCCUCUAAGAACCUGUUUGCCUACCUCGGCAAUGACGACGAUGGCGAGGAGAAGCCCGUUGUCCCCGUGAAGACUGUGGAUAAGGCUGUCAAGGGCCCUGCUAAGCGCACGCCCGAGAACCCUUCCGCCAAGGGCCCCGGAGCCGCUUCGCGUCGCCCUGGUGCCGGCGGCAACGACGGUGCGUUCCGCGACCGCGAUGCUGGCAGCGGCCGUAACCAGGGUCGUUCCACCGAGGAGUCUGGCCGUGGUGGUGGCCGUGGCGGUGCCGGUGCCCGUGUCCGUGGUGGCCGUGGCUCUGGCCGUCCCCGUGAGCGUGAUGACCGCCACUCCAGGCACGGUGGUCAGGGCGGUUCCGAGAAGCAGGCCGCUGCCUCGUGGGGCGCCACCGAGGGCGAGGCUGAGCUGAAGGACGAGCAGGCCGGCGAGGCUAUCGCUAAGACCGAGCAGAAGGAGGCCAUUGCUGAGGACGCCGCUCCCGAAGAGCCCGCCGAGCCCGAGGACAAGUCCGUCUCCUACGCCGACUACCUCGCCCAGCAGGCCGAGAAGAAGCUUGGUCUCGGACUCAACCUCCGCUCUGCCAACGAGGGCAGCAAGGCCGACAAGAAGUGGGCUGACGCCAAGGCUCUCGAGAAGACCGAGGAGGACUACUUUGCCGCCACCAGCGGCAAGAAGCAGCGCCAGCGCGAGCAAAAGGUCAAGCAGACCGUCGACUUUGACCCCCGCUUCGUCGAGCCCGAGCGCACCGGCGGCGGUGCCGGCGGCGAGCGCCGCGGUGGACGCGGUGGUCGUGGCGGCCGUGGCGGCCGUGGUGACCGUUCCGACCGUGGUGGUGAGCGUGGCGCGCGCGGCAACUUCCGUGGUGGACGUGGCGGCCGCGAGGGCCCUGCUCCCAUCAACACCCGCGACGAGUCGGCCUUCCCUAGCCUCGGUGGAAAAUAGAAUGUUUCCACCACGGACAGCCUCGAUCAACGACGUGGCCUACACAUCAUCUUCUGAGAGGUCGAUGUGGACGCCGAUGCCCUCGAUGCUGUCCCCUUUUCUUCCGACCUCUUUGUCCCUCCACUGCUGUGAGCGAGGCUUGGAAGAAAACGAAAAAGCAGAUGAUUUGCUCACGUAUCUGACCUGAUCAAAUUUGAACCAACACGGACAUAUUGACAAAAAAAGAAAAAGAAAUGAGAAUGGGACAAUCACCACCA